UGGAUGAAUGUUUAACGCCUUACAAUCUAAAAAACUAUUUAAAACGCUGUAUUAGUAACAUGCAGCGUUAUUAUGAGCCUCAUAAAAUGUUCAUGACUUAUAAGAGUCUGUUUGUAGUUAAACAUGAACAGUAUACUGUUUCAGUGCAGUAUGUAGUAUGUAGUUUGUUUACUGAUUGCGUGACAAAGAACAUGCAGUCAAACCAGUUUGUGAUAUAUACCCCUAUGUCAGUCCACACACUCCGUGUUAUUUAGCAACGAAACCGCUGGACUCAGCUUUAAGUACAGAAAGACAAGAGGAGGAAAGGCGCUAUGGGGCAGGGACAGACAAAAAGUCCACAGGUAAUCCUGAUGGGUUUGGAUAAUUCUGGAAAGACGACUUUUCUGGCUCGACUUCUGACUGGACAGGUGAUGGACACGUCACCAACCAUCGGAUUCAACGUUGGAUCUUUCAAUGUGGAUAAGAGGACAUCGUUGACGAUUUGGGACAUCGGAGGACAAAAGAGCAUGAUACCCAACUGGAGGUACUACCUGGAUGACUCCAAGGCUCUGGUGUUCAUGGUUGACAGUAGUGAUCCAAGUCGGAUGCCGGAGGCCCAGAAGGCAUUGCGGAAGGUUCUGAGUGACGAAAGGUUAAGAGGUGUUCCUUUGAUGGUCCUUGCCAACAAGGCGGAUCAACCCAACGCCAUGACCAUACAAGAGAUCUCCAAGCAGCUUGGAAUGUCCAACUACCCUCACCUGCAAUGGCAGAUUCAAGCAUGCAGUGCACUGCAAGGAGUUGGUCUGCGUCAGGCAUUCUUGUCUGUCGCCAAACUUAUCAAGAAGAGGUAAAAUAGCAUCCGAUGGAGAUAAUCAAGAUUGGAACCUCGGUUUUCGUUAGUAAUCUAUUUCAAAAGAUCAAAUGAAGACAGAAUCAUGUGAAAACCGAAUCCAUUUUUCCUGUAGGAAAUGAUGUAAAUCAAAUGAAUCUGUUUCAUGAACACAUAACACAUUUUAUAGAGCAGUGGUUCUCAACCUUUUUUCAGUGAUGUACCCCCUGUGAAUUUUUUUUUAAUUCAAGUACCCCCUAAUCAGAGCAAAGCAUUUUUGGUUGAAAAAAAAGAGAUAAAGAAGUAAAAUACAGCACUAUGUCAUCAGUUUCUGAUUUAUUAAAUUGUAUAACAGUGCAAAAUAUUGCUCAUUUAUAGUGGUCUUUCUUGAACUAUUUGGAAAAAAAGAUAGGUUUUUAUUUAUAUUUAUAAAGGAUUUUGAAAUUGUUGCUAUUUUUAGAAUAUUUAAAAAAAAUCUCACGUACCCCUUAGCAUACCUUCAAGUACCCCCAGAGGUACACGUACCCCCAUUUGAGAACCACUGUUAUAGAGAAUGAUUAAUGUUUUAAUAUCAGUAAAUAUGAAAUACAUAUCAAUGUCAGGAAUGUAAUGUAUAAAGAAACAUUUACCAUCACAUUUAUUUUUAUUGAAGCAGAGAGGGGAGAGCCACGUGGACGACACUUUUGUACCCUACUAGGAGUUUAUCACAUCUGUUUGUGUUGAAUGCAUUCCCAUUACUCCAGUCUGAGGAGGUUGUGAUUUUGGCUGUUGUUUGUAAUCGCUUACCAGGAUGGUUCUUAACAACAGCACCGGUUUAUUACCAUUCCGAGUGUAACCUGUAUGUUGGACGUAUUACCUUGCGUCCCUUUAUGACUUUGUGUUUUGCGUGUGGGUACGCUCUGCGUCCAUGAUCACAGACACGUCACCUCUGUCUCUGCAUCCUGCUGGUCUAGCCCUAACCGAUCAGGACAUCUCUGGCCCUAUGGUGGCUUAUUUUGCAGUUGUACUCAAUCAAAAAAGUACAGGAAAUAAAUCAUUCACCAAUAUGUGAGCUUCUUUGUUUGGACAUUCGAUUUGGCUGAAUGACACACGAUACACAUUCCCUAUACUGUUGUUGACGGGAGUAUCGUUUGUUGUUAUGCGCCCAGGAAAUACGUUUUGGUAAUGCUUGCACCUCCACCUCUGAAGUUGUUUGUUAAAUUAACAUCAUAACAAACGACGAGGAUAAUGCAGACUUCAUACAGAAGAAAGUGUCGGAUUCAUCGCAGUAAAAAUUGUUUUUGGACAAUCACACUUUUUAUAUAAAGCAAUAACUGAAUGGAACAAGCGCAUCAAUGAACUCAAGAACAAUACACAUUUUGGAGAUGUUUUUAAGGAAAACAUAAGUCCUGUUAAUACAUUACAUACAUACUUACAGUAUAUCAUCAGUAAAAACUGUUAUUGGAGGUUUUUGCCAGUAUGGCAAGUCCAUUCCUGGACUUGAUAUUUUGUCAUGUUUGAAGUAUGGUACAUUCUUCCUCUUCUACCUCUCUCAUAUUUCUAAGCUGCCAGUUGAUGUUUGGAAUGAUAACAGACAGAAAUCACACGUUAUUGCUCUUCGCUGAACAAAUGUGAACAAAUGUAAAUGUAAAACUUUCACUGACUGUAAUGGAAUCCAUAAGGACAUACAAUAAAACCACAUUAAUUGAUUUGU